UCAUUCACAAUCUCUGAACACCUACCUACUCCCUCCGGCCAUCGCAAAGCCAACCCUACAUCCCCCGACAUCGCCCUCCGAUGUCGAACCACACUCAACAAGACAUACCCAUGCCACCCCAUCGCCCACUACACCCACGGCCCGGCCAUUAUGACAAAACGUAUAACAUAACACCCCGAACGCCCUCGCCGUGGGCGUCCCACUAAUCAAAAGCGGUAAUGGGCUAUGCUCCCAUUUGGCAUGUGGGCUUUUUUGCUUCUUCGACGUCAGUGGGGUCGGCCAUGUCAGGGUCGGGAACAUUGAAUUUGUUUUUGCGUUAUGGCGGGGCAGGCAGGGGUUGGGGGGCGCGUCGUCUGGCGUGGAGGGGCAUGCAAGCCCACGGGACGCCACGCGACUGUCCUGGAGCCCUGCCUUGGAAACUUUGCACGUUGCUUUUGUGGGGAGUAAUUCUCGAGAGGCUUGGUGGUCAUGGCUUGAUGGAUAUUUUGAGUCGUAAACUUGAAGCUGGGGUUGUGAUCGUGUCUAUUUUCGAUAGCUGUGUCGUAUUAGGGGUUUUUGCGUGCGAUUUUCUCCGGUGUGCGAUUGGGGAAAGAUGAUGCGCGUAUGCGUAGAUUUGGACUUCAUGCAAAGUUUGACGUGCAGAAUGUGGUGAAGUAUAUCAUGAUUCUAUUCAUGUAAGGUAUCUAUAUACAAGUGGGAGCAUCCAGCUUCCGAACGCCAAGGACAAUGAAGGUAUCGUAAGGUA